AUGAGCGGGCUGGAGUUUGCUCUGGGGAUGUGCGCCCAGGAGCGCGCGAUUUCUCCCGCAGGUAGCGGCAGGUUUGCGGACCCCUCCUCUCCCACCCCCAGCGGCCAGCGGGGAGCCCCGGCGGCGGCGGCGGAGCGGGCUCGCGGCGCGAGUGUCCUUCGAUGGGAGCCGCGGGGAAGGGAGCAGCCCUUCCUGCGCGGCGGGCCCCCGCCCCCGCGACCCCGGCGGAGGGGACGGUGUCCCCUGCCUGGGACGCGGGGUCGAGCCCCGCCGCUCCAGCGCGGAGGCGGAGGGCGCGGCGUGGGCGAGGGGUCGGGCCGGCCCCCUCCCCCGCCCGCCGGCCCCGCCCCGCCGCCCCCUCGCGGGCGGCCCAGUCUCCUCCCCGCAGGGCCGGUGGUGGGGCCGCCACUCCCUCCGGCUGCCUCCCUCAGCCGCGCGCAUCUCAUUCCAGCCCUCAUUCCGCGCAUUCCAGGCGUCCUCCCCGCGAACUCCCGGCCAGCGGUGGGAGGGCCCGCAGCUCCCGGCUCCGCCGCCGCCGCCGCCGCCGCGUCCCCGUCAGGUCCAACGGGCGCUCCUCCAAGCGGAGCCUUGGAGGGCAAGGCCGGCACCAUUACCUCCAACGAGUGGAGCUCUCCUAACUCCCCUGAGGGGAGCAACGUCUCUGGGGGCAGUCAGGCACUGGACAAGCCCAUCGACAACGAUGCUGAGGGUGUGUGGAGCCCGGACAUCGAGCAGAGCUUCCAGGAGGCUCUGGCCAUCUACCCGCCCUGUGGCCGGCGCAAAAUCAUCCUGUCGGACGAAGGCAAGAUGUACGGUCGGAAUGAGCUGAUUGCCCGCUACAUCAAGCUUCGGACAGGGAAGACCCGCACCAGGAAGCAGGUCUCCAGCCACAUCCAGGUGCUAGCUCGUCGCAAAGCCCGCGAGAUCCAGGCCAAGCUCAAGGAUCAGGCAGCUAAGGACAAGGCCCUGCAGAGCAUGGCUGCCAUGUCAUCCGCCCAGAUCAUCUCGGCCACGGCCUUCCACAGUAAAGUGGCCCUCGCCCGGGGCCCGGGCUACCCAGCAGUCUCAGGGUUUUGGCAGGGAGCUUUGCCAGGCCAAGCCGGAACGUCCCAUGAUGUGAAACCUUUCUCUCAACAGCCCUACUCUGUCCAGCCUCCGCUGCCUCUGCCAGGGUUUGAGUCACCUGCAGGACCCACCCCAUCGCCCUCAGCGCCUCCAGCACCCCCAUGGCAGGGCCGCAGUGUGGCCAGCUCCAAGCUGUGGAUGUUGGAAUUCUCAGCCUUCCUGGAGCAGCAGCAAGACCCGGACACGUACAACAAGCACCUGUUCGUACACAUCGGCCAGUCAAGCCCGAGCUACAGUGACCCCUACCUCGAAGCCGUGGACAUCCGCCAGAUCUAUGACAAAUUCCCAGAGAAGAAGGGAGGCCUCAAGGAGCUCUUUGAACGGGGACCCUCCAAUGCCUUCUUCCUUGUGAAGUUCUGGGCAGACCUCAACACCAACAUCGAGGAUGAAGGCAGCUCCUUCUAUGGAGUCUCCAGCCAAUACGAGAGUCCCGAGAACAUGAUCAUUACCUGCUCCACCAAGGUCUGCUCCUUCGGCAAGCAGGUGGUGGAGAAGGUUGAGACAGAGUAUGCUCGCUAUGAGAACGGCCACUACUCGUACCGCAUCCACCGCUCGCCGCUCUGCGAGUACAUGAUCAACUUCAUCCACAAGCUGAAGCACCUGCCCGAGAAACACAUGAUGAACAGCGUGCUGGAGAACUUCACCAUCCUGCAGGUGGUCACCAACAGGGACACACAGGAGACCUUGCUGUGUAUCGCCUACGUCUUCGAGGUGUCGGCCAGUGAGCACGGGGCUCAGCACCACAUCUACCGGCUGGUGAAGGAGUGAGACGCGGGGAGCAGGGAGCGGGGAGGGGGCCUGCAGGGGCAGCCUCCGGAGGUGCCACGGGGGAGCCAUGCCGUGUGGCCGUGACUCUUCUUCCUACCCAGCAACAGACUGUGCCUGAGCCUGCAGUGCCCAACCCCCAAUAAACCCACGGUGUUGUGUAUUUUCGGAGGACCUGGUCUGGCUGUGUGAGCCUCGGGAGGGGCUGAGGGCCGCCUGUGGGCAGACCGGAAGUGGUGCCCAGAGACGCCCUGGCCCUGGGCAGGUCUGAAGCCAGCGCUCCAGGCGGACUCAGCCAGGAACCUGGCCCAACGCCGAAGCUCCGCUGGGAUGGCCCCUGCGCUGUGGUGCCGGCCGCACCGGGAGGCCUGAGGAUAGAUCCAUGCGUGGACCCUGGCGCCCAUGGCCUCGUGUGCGUGACUGCAUUUGUGCUACCUGGCCACCCUGCUGCUCCCCUCUGGCCAGCCCACACCACCAGGCCUAGGGUUUUAGGUGUGGAGGUGACAGGUGUUGGAAGGGGACAAGCUCAGAGCUCUCCCAGGAGUUCUCGUCCGUCUCCACCAUCGCCGUCUCCAUGGCCACAGCUGGGGGUCAUGGUUCCAGAUCCCCAGGAGCCCCAGCAGGCUCUGCAGAGGCAGCCCAGGCAAUCUGAAGGCAGAGAGGAUCAGGAGGUCGGCCCACAGGGUGGUGCACCUGGGGCCCUGCUUGGAGCCGGCCCUAGGCCAUCUGGCGCCUGCACACCGGGCAGUUUCUCUGCUGCCUGGGCAUGAGGAGCAGGGAGUGCACCCCGCCUGGGCCUCACUUGGUUGGCUGCUGCUGGGAGAGCCGGUGGGGCCUUAGGUUAGGCCGCCAUGGCCUGGGGGCUCCUGCUAGCCUUGGUGCCUUUUCUUCCCUGUAAAGUGGAAGGAGGGGAGAGAGAGGCUGAGACCUGCCCGGUGCACACAGGCUGAGAGCUGGUCUGAUGGGCACCCUCCCCGCCCUCAGCUCGCUGCUGCCACCUGCUGACGCUGGUAUCCUCUGCUGGGUCAAGGGCAGAGGUUUGAAACAACAGACCUACAAGGGUGUCUGGCGCUCCGGAUGUUCAACGGGAAUAUGAAAAUUAGAGUUUUUUGUUUUUUUUUUUUU